GGCUGAAUCCAAACACAGAGCAAAGAGCGGCAAAUCCACCACUCUCCGGAGAGCUUUCACCUUCACCCUCAACUCUGAGAAGGGACUUCGUAAUAUAUUACGGUUGUACGUAUACAUACGUAUAUAUACAUAGAGGUAUACGUACAUACAGAGGGAGAAAGUGAUGGGAGGCGAAGAAGAGAUUUUUGUGACGCCUGGUGAAGUAUUGGGGAAAGCCACGGAGUUGAAAGCUGGGAAGGGUGCUUAUGUUUCGACCAAUGAUAGAACGGUGUAUGCCUCCCUCACCGGAUUCCGCUCCCUUACUCCUCCACCGGAGGGCUCCGACGACCCGAGGCCUACGGUGGAGGUGAAAGGUCACAAGGCACAUGGUCCAGUUCCUGAGCCCGGUCUUGUUGUUAUUGCAAGAGUUACAAAGGUGAUGGCUAAAAUGGCUUCAGCUGAUAUAAUGUGUGUAGGUCCCAAGUCUGUACGAGAAAAAUUUACGGGCAUUAUUAGGCAGCAAGAUGUCAGAGCAACGGAGAUUGACAAAGUAGAUAUGCACUCUUCGUUCCACCCGGGUGACAUUGUUAGAGCAUUAGUUCUAUCACUCGGAGAUGCCCGAGCUUAUUAUUUAUCAACUGCAAAAAAUGAACUUGGUGUUGUUUCAGCAGAGAGUGCAGCUGGUGCAAUGAUGAUUCCUAUAAGUUGGACGGAGAUGCAGUGUCCCUUAACAGGUCAAGUAGAGCAGAGAAAGGUGGCAAAGGUCGGAGCCGCUUCCUUCUUGAGGGGAAGUGUGGGAAACUUUGUCUUUGAUUCCAAAGAUUUGAUGCAAGAAAACAUCAGUUGUAGCCGAAAGUGCAGUUAUACUACUUUUAAUGGGAAUUCCCAGCUUUAUUUCCUUGCUUGGGAUGCACUUCACAACUGCCAAAAUCUCUUUCACAACCACCUUUCAAAAAUGGCUACUGCUUCUCUUCCACCUCUGCAUCUUCCACCUCCCUCCAAAUUCUCUUCCUCUCAUGCCCACUACUUCUCUCAAAUUCCACUCCAUCUGUCCUCUUUCCCACACUGCAAUUCCCUCAAAUCCAAAUCCCUGUCAAGAAUCUCAUUUGCUCUCACAGAGUCAUCAGACUCCCCGAAAUCCCUUGACCCUGACCCGAAAAUUCUCCUCCAAGAACUCGCUGGUUGUUUUGUUCUUCCGGCGGAUUAUUUUCAGCAGCUACCGCGGGAUCUCCGGUUAGAUCUGAACGAUGCAGCAUUUGAUCUUUCAAAUGGUGCUGUCAGAGAUGAGUGUGGUGAAGAGCUGGGAGAGACUUUAUUAAAUAUAAGUCGAGCAUGGGAAGUUGCAGACACAUUGACUUCGGCGAACUUAGUAAGCAAGCUGCCUCUAUUAGCAGGCUCUCUCACCACCAAAAGUAAAUCAGCACUUGGCAAGCGCUUGGUAUCUGCUUCUAGGAGGUUCCAGUCCAUGGGUCAGUAUGGUCAAGGUGAACUACAAAAUAUUGCCAAAGUGAUGAAUAGGACAGGAAAGCUUUUAUCUGCAAGGCCUACUGAGGUAGCUACUGAAGAACCAAAACAGGAAAACAGGGUGCUGAAGUUUGGCGAUCUUCAGGUUGAAUUGACUCCAGAAAAAGCAUACAUUGGUGCUGCCAUUGGCUUCAUUUUUGGGAUUCUUUCAUGGCAAAUAAGUCAAGGCAUCCAAAGCAUACCGGAAAGCUCGUUGGAGUACGCAAAUGACAACGCAUUGCUUCUUGCGAAGUCGUUGCGUGGAGCUCUUCUCGCGCUUUUCUAUUCGUCAACGGUCUUAUCUGCUUUUGCAACUGUUGGACUCGUCCUACUUGGAGGUCAAUUGAAGUCAAAAAAGAAAAUCCAGAAUGGGAUUCCCACUAUAAAAAUCAUCUCAAGAAUUCAUUUCCACUUCAAUUUUUUUUCCUCAAACAAAACAAGAAGCGGUUCCUCCAUGGCUGAUCCCAUGAGCUGCACAGCCUCAGACCUCCUCCCCCUCCUCGGCGGCGCCAACACGUACCUCCUCUUCUCGGCGUACUUGGUUUUCGCCAUGCAGCUGGGGUUCGCCAUGCUGUGCGCGGGCUCCGUGCGCGCCAAGAACACCAUGAACAUCAUGCUGACCAACGUCCUGGACGCGGCCGCCGGCGGCCUGAGCUACUAUCUCUUCGGCUACGCCUUCGCGUUCGGAGGCCCGUCCAAUGGGUUUAUCGGCAAGCAUUUCUUCGGGCUGAAAGAGUUCCCCGCGCCGGCGGCGGAUUACAGCUUCUUUCUGUAUCAGUGGGCUUUCGCCAUUGCUGCAGCAGGUAUUACUAGUGGAUCAAUUGCAGAAAGGACGCAGUUUGUGGCAUACCUAAUAUACUCCUCAUUCCUAACCGGUUUUGUGUACCCAAUAGUCUCACACUGGUUCUGGUCUGGUGAUGGUUGGGCUGGGGCGGCUAAGUCCGAUGGAAACUUUCUAUUUGGCUCAGGAGUCAUUGAUUUUGCCGGUUCAGGCGUGGUUCACAUGGUUGGUGGCAUUGCCGGUUUGUGGGGAGCACUCAUUGAAGGCCCUAGGAUAGGUAGGUUCGAUCGGACCGGCCGGUCUGUUGCCCUACGUGGCCAUAGUGCCUCACUAGUAGUGUUGGGCAGCUUCUUAUUGUGGUUCGGCUGGUACGGAUUUAACCCCGGUUCCUUUCUGACAAUUUUGAAGUCGUAUGAUACAAAGGGGUCCUACUACGGCCAAUGGAGUGCAGUCGGGAGGACGGCUGUCACGACAACAUUGGCCGGGAGCACGGCCGCCCUGACAACUCUUUUUGGAAAGAGGUUCUUGGUGGGCCAUUGGAAUGUGAUUGAUGUGUGCAACGGGUUGUUGGGAGGUUUUGCUGCGAUCACUUCAGGGUGCUCGGUAGUUGAGCCCUGGGCCGCUAUCAUAUGCGGGUUCAUGGCAGCUUGGGUCCUAAUUGGGUUCAACAAGUUGGCUGAGAAAUUGAAGUAUGACGAUCCAUUGGAGGCAGCCCAACUUCACGGUGGUUGCGGGGCGUGGGGUGUGUUGUUCACUGGACUAUUUGCAAAGAAAGAUUACGUGAAUGAAGUGUAUCCGGGCAAACCGGAUAGACCAUACGGGUUGUUCAUGGGUGGUGGUGGGAGGCUCUUAGCAGCGCAGGUUAUCCAAAUCUUGGUGAUAAUUGGGUGGGUCACGGCUACAAUGGCACCACUCUUCUUGGUACUCCACAAGCUGAGGCUACUUAGGAUCUCUAGUGAGGAUGAAAUGGCCGGAAUGGACUUGACAAGGCAUGGAGGGAUGGCCUAUAUUUACCACGAUGAAGGUGAGAAUUCCAACUUGCCACAGUUCAAGAUGAGGAGGAUUGAGCCAACAGAUACUCCGACACCCGACCAUACAUCCGACCACCCCCCACAUAUUCGUGUGUGACAUGAAAAAGUCGACACUUUUUUUGGAGUGAAUUAAUACGUCUUAUAAAGACAUGUGAAUACAAGUUCGGAUAUGGUUAUUGAGGAUGACAAGAUGUGAAUGUUGGCCAUAUGAAAGGAUGUUUUUGCCUUGUGUUGGAGCCUCUAGGAGAUCGAUUAAGGUGAAGUUUGCUAUUAGGACAUCAAUGUUCAAGUGGUUUUCUACAUUGAUAUGUUUCUAUAUAAUACCUGUGCAUUCAUGUAUAAAAUAUUUCCUUAAAUAUACGCUUCAAUAUAAUUAUGUGCACAUGGCGCGAAUCAAACAAUGAGAAUGCCCCUAUAGACUGUAUAAACUAUACGUGUAGUGUUACUUCACAGCAUUCGUUCUUUCUAACACAGAAUACAAGAUAAAUACAUAGACUGUAAACAGUCCUCUAGUAAGCUAGCAGAUAAGGACUGUAGACUGUAGUAAUGAAAUUAGGAAAAUUAACUGUGGAAGCAGGGUUCAGACACCGAACCAGUGCACAUCAUACCAAGAUUCACCAUACAUUUCAGCUCUAAAAUGGCAUAGUCAGCAAAUGUUGUUCGACCCCAUCUCAUUAUCUGGUUCCGACUGGUUGAGCAUGAGCAACGUCAAGGCCAUGUGACCAUAUUGAAUGAAAUCUUGAUUCCCCCAGAAUGGAUACCUUUGAAUGCAAACUAAAGUAGAUUAGAAUAUUUUUGUCCAAAAUCCCAGAUAGGGAAACAUGGCAAUCAACAGUCUCAUAAGAAGUGGAGUAUCUCCCUUUAUUCCCCUGCGUAUUUUUACUGCCAUUUGCGCUCUUGGUUCAUUUGCAUUUUUAACAGAUGCAACACGAGGUUCCUCAUCCAC